CAUUUUUUCUUUCAAACUGCCAGAACAACGUGAACAAGACUUAUAAACACACAGAAGUGAAGAAAAACAAAAGGUGACCAUGGUGAAGAGAGUGGCCAUUAUUGGAGCUGGUAUCAGUGGCUUGGCCUCCAUCAGGAGCUGCCUGGAAGAGGGGCUGGAGCCCACCUGCUUUGAGAGGGGUGAAGACGUUGGGGGCUUGUGGAAAUUCUCGGACCAUGCAGAGGAAGGCAGGGCCAGUAUUUAUAGAUCAGUCUUCACCAACUCUUCCAAAGAGAUGACAUGUUUUCCAGACUUCCCAUUUCCUGAUGACUUUCCCAACUUUAUGCAUAACAGCAAGCUCCAGGAAUAUAUCACUGCAUUUGCCAAAGAAAAGAACCUCCUGAAAUAUAUACAGUUUAAGACGCUUGUAUCCCGUGUAAAUAAACAUCCUGAUUUUUUGAUCACUGGCCAAUGGGAUGUUACCACCGAAAAGGAUGGUCAAAAAGAAUCAGUUGUCUUUGACGCUGUAAUGAUUUGUUCUGGACACCAUGUGUAUCCCAACCUACCAAAAGAAUCCUUUCCAGGACUAAAACUUUUUAAAGGCAAAUGCUUCCACAGCUGGGACUAUAAAGAACCAGGACUAUUCAAGGGGAAGCGAGUCCUAGUGAUUGGCCUGGGGAAUUCAGGCUGUGAUAUUGCUACGGAACUCAGUCACACAGCUGAACAGGUCAUCAUCAGCUCCAGAAGUGGCUCCUGGGUGAUGAGUCGGGUCUGGUAUGAUGGCUAUCCAUGGGACAUGAUGACUAUCACACGAUUUGAAACCUUCCUCAAGAACAACUUGCCAACAGUCAUCUCUGACUGGUGGUACACAAAGCAAAUGAAUGCAAGAUUCAAGCACGAGAACUAUGGCUUGAUCCCUUUAAAAAGAGCCCUGAGGAAAGAGCCUGUGUUCAAUGAUGAGCUCCCAGCUUGCAUUCUACGUGGCACCGUGUCCAUUAAGCCAAAUGUGAGGGAGUUCACAGAGACUUCAGCCAUUUUUGAAGAUGGGACAGUGUUUGAGGCCAUUGACUAUGUCAUUUUUGCAACAGGCUAUAGUUAUGCCUAUCCUUUCCUUGAUGAAUCCAUCAUUAAGAGCAGAAACAAUGAGGUCACCUUAUUUAAAGACAUCUUCCCACCUGUACUGGAGAAGCCAACCAUGGCAGUCAUUGGCUUUGUUCAGUCUCUUGGAGCUGCCAUUCCCACAGCUGACCUGCAGGCCCGCUGGGCAGCACGAGUAAUAAAGGGAACUUGCACUUUGCCUUCUAUCAAGGACAUAAUGCAUGAUAUAGAUGAAAAAAUGGAGAAAAAGCUAAAAUGGUUUGGCAAAAGCAAUACCAUACAGACAGAUUAUGUUGUUUACAUGGAUGAACUUGCCUCCUUCAUUGGGGCAAAGCCCAACAUUCCAUGGCUGUUUCUCACAGAUCCGAAGUUGGCCUUGGAAGUUUACUUCGGUCCUUGUAGCCCAUACCAGUUUAGGCUGGUUGGUCCUGGGAAGUGGCCAGGAGCCAGAAAUGCCAUACUGACCCAGUGGGACCGGAUAUUGAAACCCAUUACAACAAGAGUUGUUGGGAGUCCUCUGAAGCCUUGCUUAUUCUGCAAUUGGUUCAGACCUGUAGUUAUUUCUGCUGUAUCAAUUGCUGUUUUGCUUGUGUUGUUCUAAUCAUCACUCUAUCUAGGAUUCUGAAAGUUACUAACACAAGUUUAAAUCAUUCCCUUUUCCUAACUGUUUAAGGUUGCAAAAUAACAUUCUGCUUUUAAGGACUUCUUACAAGAUAUGAAGUAAUUCCAAAUGAAGCAGAAGUUUUCUUGAAACCCUGUGGCCUAAAUGGAACCAAGUAAAGAAAAAUUAAAUAUAGCAUAUAAAUUUUAUUUUGUUUGAUGUUAUAAAUGCUAGUACACAAAAUAAACUGAAGAGCAAAAUUGG